UGUAUUGACUCAGCCCCACCUGGGAAUAGGGGUGCGUCUUGGGGCGGGACUUGGUGCUGUGCACAAUAUAAGUUAGGACGUCUGAGAAACCAACUUCUCAUACCGCAAGGCUAACGCUACCACGGAACCUGACUGCAAAAUCAUUGUGUUAAUCAGUGUGUUUGUAAUUACUGCCACAGCAGUGUCUGAUCGCUAGUGGGCAUCUCUUUAUUGUCACAGGACACAACGGAAUCGUCUUUUCGGACCAACUGACAGACUAGCUGAACAAGAUGCGACUUCACGUGUUCCUCCUGACCGUGGUCCUGUUCCUGUCGCUGACGGCCGUGGACGGCUGGAGACGCCGCCGCCGCCGCAGGUGUCCCGUGGUGAACUGUAGAUGGAGCGGCUGGUCGUUAGGCACGUGUAGUGCCUCGUGUGGAGGGGGUACUGCUCCGUGUAGCAGAACGAAGUCUCCAGCUGCGUCCUGUGGCGGUGCGGACUGUUCGGGACCGGCCACCUCCCGAUGUGCCUGUACCGGACCGAACCCGUGUCAAAAUGGAGGGCAACGAGCGUCCUCAGGCUGUAGCUGUCCCGCUGGCUUCAUUGGGUCGUGCUGUCAGACAAGGAUUUCCUGUCCGGCCAUCACCGCUCCAACUAACGGCGGCAACAGCGGCUGCACAACGUACAGUUGUGGGAUGACGUUUUCCUGUAACUCCGGGUAUGAGCUGAGCGGCAACUCUGCCAUCACGUGCCAGUCUAACGGGCAGUGGAGCGGAUCAAGGCCGUCCUGCAGCCGAGUCCGCUGUCCCGACCUCAGUGCUCCUUCUGACGGCACCAUAUCUGGCAGCUACUACUACAGUGACGUGGUGACGUUUGGCUGCAGUACCGGCUUCAGCCUCCAGGGGGACGCCACGCGCACCUGCCAGGCUGACAAGACUUGGAGCGGCAGCCAGACUACAUGCACAAGAAAGAGCUGCCCCACCCUAACAGCCCCAGCUAAUGGUGGGAUUCAGGGAACGAGCUUCCUUUACACCGACGUGGUGAGCUUCUCGUGCAACUCUGGGUACGAGCUGAGUGGGUCCAGCAGCAGGACGUGUCAGGCCGACCAAGUUUGGACGGGCUCUCAGCCAACCUGCUCCCGAAAGCUCUGUCAGGAACUGUCAUCUCCAGCCAACGGACAAGUUACAGGUGGACACGCCUAUGGUGACGUCACAACCUUCUCCUGUGACACUGGGUACGAGCUGCAAGGUGACGUCAGGCGGACCUGUCAGGCCAACCAGCAGUGGAGCGGAGCUCAGCCCGCGUGUUCAAGAAAUGCCUGCCCAGUGCUGGACCCCCCACCUCACGGCGCGGUGCAGGGAGGCCACCUGUACGGGGACACGGCCACGUUCAGCUGUGACGCCGGGUACCAGCUGAGCGGGACUGCCGCUGUGACGUGUCAGGACUCACAGGCGUGGAGCGACACACCUCCGACAUGCGACAGAAAGGCCUGUCCGGCCGCCUCCGACCCGACUAACGGCCAAGUGUCCGGCGGGCGUCUCUAUGGCGACACGGUCACGUUCUCCUGCCACCCUGGGUACGAGCUGCAGGGUUCUGCCACCGCCGUGUGUCAGGCCGACCAGACAUGGAGUCAGGAUGAGCCAUCAUGUCAACUGGUGACGUGUCCAGUCCUCCAGCCACCGACAAACGGACAGAUGACCGGAGGGAACUCGUACGGGGACAAGGUCACCUUCACCUGUGACCCUGGGUACGAGCUGAGCGGCAGCCGUGAACGGUCGUGCCAGGCUAACAAACAGUGGAGCGGGGCGCCUGCAGUCUGCCAGAAGGUCCAGUGCCCCACGUUGUCCGCACCGCAGCACGGCUCCAGCACCGGCAGUGCGUUCUUUGGGGACACGCUGAACUUCGGCUGCGACACUGGGUACGAGCUGUUCGGCAGCUCUGGCAUCACCUGUCAAGCCGACCAGACUUGGUCUGCAGCAGCGCCAUCCUGCAGAAAAAUAGUCUGCCUCGCGCUCCCCCCGCCGCUACACGGCCAGGUGACCGGAGGUAACGAGUACGGAGACACGGCUGUGAUGACGUGUGACGAAGGGUUCAGCCUGGUGGGUGACGUCACGCGCACCUGUCAGGACAACAAGCAGUGGUCGGGCACACAGCCAACAUGUCAGAGGAAGAGCUGUCCGCAGCUGUCAGCUCCGGAUAACGGUGCUAUGUCGGGAGGAGUCCUGUUUCAAGACACAGCAACCUUCACGUGCGACCCUGGGUACGAGCUGGUGGGGUCCGCCAGUCGGCUGUGCCAGGCCAACCAGCAGUGGAGCGGGACACAGCCGGCCUGUCAGAAGGUCCAGUGUCCGUCCCUGCCGCCCCUGUCGGACGGACAGAUGACCGGAGGAUCUCGGUACGGGGACACGGUCACCUUCAGCUGUGACGACGGCUUUCUGCUGGUGGGCAGCUCGGAGAGAAGCUGUCAGGCCGACCGGCAGUGGAGCGGGACCCAGCCGUCCUGUCAGAGAAAGCAAUGUCCUCAGCUGAGCUCUCCUGAUCACGGCGCUGUGACGGGCGGGAAUCACUAUGGUGACGUCGUCACCUUCUCGUGCGACCCUGGGUACGAGCUGGGCGGGAGCGGCAGUAGGACGUGUCAGGCCGACCAGACCUGGAGCGGUACCGAGCCAACCUGUACAGCCAUAUCUUGCCCCGGUCUGGACGCGCCCCUGAACGGGAACAAAGUCGGCGGCAACUCGUACGGCGACACCGUCACCUUCUCUUGCACGGCUGGAUACCAGCUGACGGGAAGCUCCACACUAACAUGUCAGCACGACCAGCAGUGGAACGGCACUCAGCCCGCCUGUACAAGAAAGGAAUGCCCGCUCCUGCCAGUGAUAGAUCACGGUGUGUCAACAGGAGGCCGUCUGUUUGGAGACUCCGUCACGUUCUCCUGUCUGCCCGGGUUCACACUCCAGGGGAACCAGACCAGGUUGUGCCGAGCCGACCAGACAUGGAGUGGGACACAGCCUAGCUGUAGACGAAUCAGCUGCUCAUCUCUCCCGCCGCCUACCAACGGCCACGUGACAGGUGGCGUCAUGUACGAAGAUGCCGUGAGUUUUACCUGUGAUGAGGGGUACGAGUUGCUGGGAUCCCAAACUGCUGUCUGCCAAGCAGAUGUGACGUGGAGUAGCACUACACCGACAUGUCAGAAGAAGUCAUGCCCAGUUCUGGACGUGAUUCCAGACGGCGCCGUGACAGGUGGCCACCUGUACGGGGAUACCGCCACCUUCACCUGCUCAGCUGGUUAUCAGCUGGUUGGCGACCAGUACCGGACCUGCCAGGCUAACCAGACGUGGACCGGCCUCCAGCCUUUUUGUCAAAAGAAAUGUUGCAACGCACUUACUGUUGAGAACGGUGUGGUUACUGGGCAUACGUGCUUCAACAACACCGUUUCCGUCAGCUGCGAUGUUGGGUACUCCAUAGUCGGGGACAGCAAGCUGACGUGUACAGAGGAUGGGGUUUGGGACAAACCCGCACCUACCUGCAAGAAGAUCUGCUGUGAUGAGACCCUCACCAUUGCCAAUGGCAGUGUUGUCCAGACGGGAGACGGCGGGCUUUGUUUCGGAAACAUCGUAACCUUCUCUUGCAACACCGGUCAUCAAUUGGUAGGAGGCGCCGCUGCAACAUGCCAAGAGGAUGGUACAUGGUCAGCCCUGCCAGUCUGUGAGAGAGUUUGUUGUUCCGAGGUUGGUGUGAUCCGUAACGGCCAGUCCACGACCACGGAGUCGUGCUACAACGAUGUCGCAACCUUCAGCUGUGCCCCCGGGUUCCGGCUGGUCUCCCGAGGUGAUGUCGUCUGCGGUGCGGACGGGACUUGGCGCGGAGACGUGCCUUUUUGUGAACCUGACAACUUGUGCAGCAAAGAUGUUCUUGCAAACCCCAAUGAUGGCUACAAGGUGUGCUACUCGGCAGCGACGGGCGGAGAGGAUAAAGAAUUCUGCACCAUGCACUGCAACCCACCAAAGUCGUACGGGCUUGGCCGUGUGGUGACGUACCAGUGCGGAGACCACACCAGCUGGCUGUGGAUGACGCGAGUCUCCAACCUUCUCAAGCUCGUCUCAGUCUCAGCGUGCCAGGACCCGUGGAAUCCGUUCGCCAUGAUAAUGAUAGGAGGACUGACCAUCACCAGCACUACCUCACCCAACCUGCACCAGAUCAGACACUACAUCAGGACAGAACUGUUGAGACAAGGGCUGUGUCUGCCGCCAUGUAGGAUCAGUGACAUCUCAGUUGAUGCGGGAGUGAGAACCAGGAGGAGAAGAGACAUCUCCCCCCUGACUGUGAUUGACAUCACCAUACAACUCUACAUAGAGGACAACAGCCAGCUGUCUCUACAGACGAACACCCUCCCUGCGGAUGUGGAUGCACUUAUCAGGAAAUCUGCUCUUGACAUCAAAACAGCUCUGACAUCUGGUACCUUCCAUGUUCCGAUCAACGGUGAAAACCUGACCAUCGCAGACACAGGCGCUGCCCUCUCAGACCCCGUUAUAGGAUGUCCAGUGGGCUUCCUGGAGAAGGUUACCGACUCAGGAUGCUUUGCCUGUCCUCCCGGGUCCUUCCAUACCCCAUGUCCGAAGACUGUGAGCCCCUGCCCAGUGGGGACGUACCAGACCAACAGCUCCCAGACCUCCUGCCAGUCCUGUCCAGAAGGAACCACCACUUCAGCAGAGGGAACAAGCGACCCAAGCCAGUGUAAAGAAUACUCAGACUGCAACUGCGGUCCAAACGCCUGUGUACCGACAUCCCAGGGGUGGAUGUGUCAAUGUCCAACAGGUCAUAUCCAGCAAGACGACAAAUGCGUUGCCAUCAUAGAGUGCCCCCUUGGUUCAAGGUUGUUCCGAGACACUUGUUACCUGGUGUCCAACACCACAGCCACCUACAGGGCUGCUGGAGAGACCUGCAGACAGCAUGGAGGGCUGCUCGCUAUGGUCAAGGACAAGGACACUCAGGAUUUCAUUAUGGAGAACUACAGUGGAAAGGACAUGUGGAUAGGACUAGAUGACCGGCUGACUGAGGGAGAAUUCCUUUGGGCUGAUGGAUCCAGCCUGGACAGCUUCACCUACUGGACAUAUGGAGAGCCCAAUGACGGAGGUGCCAGGAUUCGGUCCCAGGACUGCGUGCACCUCUGGCUGGCAGCACAACAACGCUGGGAUGACACCUCGUGUAAAAGCAAGAGAUUCUACUUAUGUCAGAUCGGCAAGCAAACCUAGGGGGCAUUGUUUCCCAUCAUAAUGAUACAUGUUUGUUUCAUGUAACUUUUCUUUUGUCUUUUCAUAAAAAAUACUGACAUCUGGUGUAAAUGUAACGAUUAAACAGGAUUAUGUGUACGGCUAAA